AUGAGCAACACGGUCCAGCAAGCUGCCGAGGCGGCUGAGAACAAGGUGUCGGCGGUGGCGGCCACGACGACGGACUUUCUGCACCGGCCGCUGGUGCGGGCGGCACUGCCGUUUGUCAACGGCGGCCUGAGUGGCAUGGUGGCCACGACAGUGAUCCAACCAGUCGACAUGGUCAAGGUGCGAAUCCAGCUGGCCGGCGAGGGCGUGGCGGGUGGGCCGAAGCCGACGCCGCUGUCGGUGACGCGUGAGAUCCUGGCCAGUGGCAAGGCCAUGGACCUGUACACGGGUCUGUCGGCAGGCCUGUUGCGUCAAGCCGUCUACACGACCGCGCGACUGGGCUUCUUCGACACCUUUAUGGGCCGCCUGACGACACGGGCGCGUGAACAGGGCCGUGCCGUGGGCUUUGGUGACCGUGCUGCGGCUGGGCUGACGGCCGGCGGCCUGGCUGCCGUGGUCGGCAACCCGGCCGACCUGGCGCUGAUCCGCAUGCAGAGCGACGGGCUCAAGCCGCUGGCCGAGCGCCACAACUAUCGCUCCGUCAUUGACGCGCUGCGCUCCAUCGCCCGUACCGAGGGCGUCGGCGCGCUCUGGGCUGGCGCUGCGCCCACUGUCGUGCGCGCCAUGGGCCUCAACUUUGGCCAGCUCGCCUUCUUCAGUGAGGCCAAGGCCCGGCUCAAGGAACACACCGCCUGGUCUACCCGCACGCAGACGCUCAGUGCCAGUGCCAUCGCUGGCUUCUUUGCCUCUUUCUUCUCGCUGCCCUUUGACUUUGUCAAGACCCGACUGCAGAAGCAGCAGAAAGGCCCCGACGGCAAGCUGCCCUACAAAGGCAUGGUCGACUGCUUCGCCAAGGUCGCCCGCCAGGAGGGCGUCCUCCGCUUCUACCGCGGCUUCGGCACCUACUACAUCCGCAUAGCGCCCCACGCCAUGGUGACGUUGAUCGCCGCUGAUUACCUCGGUUGGCUCACCAAGUAA